ACAGAGGCACAGAGCAGAAAGAAAGGAGAAAGAGAAGAAGGGCUCAAAUAAAAAAAAAUUAAGAGUGAACAAAGAUAAAGCAAAGACAAAAUACAAAAUACAAGACUCUUCUUCAGAAGAGGAGAGGAUGCUGCUGCAGCUGAGCAUCUAUGCCUGACUUCUGAGGAGUUCUCAGCUCGGACAUGACUGACAUGCAGCAUUCCUGCAUCUGAGCAUCUCUAGUCCGUGCAUGUGUGUGAGAGAGAGAAAGUGAGGGUUAAUGUGUGUGUGAAGCCAUGGCGAGUGCUCAGCCGGGGGUCCACGCGUUGAAACUCCAACCUCCUUCCGUCUCUCACACGCUGAGGAACGGAAGCAACUUCAUUAAAUGGGAUGAGGAUUUGUCCACUGUCACUCCAGUGACUCUGCAUGUGGAUCCACAUGGAUUUUACCUCUACUGGACCGACCAAAACAAGGACACAGAGCUGUUGGACCUGACCCUGGUAAAAGAUGUCAGAACAGGCAGAAGCACGAAAACACCCAAGGAGGCUAAGCUGCGGGAGCUGCUCGAUGUGGGAAACCUGGUUGGUAGGCUGGAGAACCGCAUGGUUACCGUGGUUACGGCUUCAGACCUUGUAAACGUCAACCAGCUUAACUUCAUCGCUUCGCAGGAGGACGAAGCCAAGGUGUGGUGUGAGGAACUGUUUUCUCUGUCUUCCAACCUGCUGAGCCACAAUCUCAACCGAGACCAGAGUCUGCUGAAAGCGUACAUCAAGUUAACUCUUCAGCCGAAUGCAGAGGGGAGAAUUCCUGUCAAGAAUAUUGUUCGGCUGUUUUCAUCGGACAGAAAAAGAGUCGAGAAUGCCCUGGAGAGCUGCAAACUGCCCUAUGGACGGGGUGACAGCAUCAAACUGGAAGACUUAACACUUGAAGUUUACCGGAACUUCUUGGACAGUCUGUGCCCUCGUCCUGAGCUUGGGAACAUCUUCAAACUGCAAGGAGCCAAUGAUAGGAUGCUGUCAGUCGAUCAGAUGACAGAGUUCAUCAACAAUAAGCAGAGAGACCCAAGGCUCAAUGAAAUCCUCUACCCACCUCUUCGUCCUGCACAGACGCACACUGCGAUGGAGAGGUAUCAACAUGACCAGACACAACUGAAGCAAGGCAAGAUCUCCCUCCAGGCGUUCUCCAGUUAUCUGUCUAGUGAUGAGAAUGGAGUCAUUCCACCAGAAAAGCUGGAUCAGUCUGAAGACAUGAGCUUCCCGAUAUCUCACUAUUUCAUCAACUCAUCGCAUAAUACCUACCUGACAGCGGGCCAGCUGGCCGGGAGCUCCUCAGUAGAAAUGUACAGGCAAGUUCUGUUGGCCGGGUGCCGCUGUGUGGAAUUGGAUGUGUGGAAAGGACGGACUGCUGAGGAGGAACCUGUCAUCACUCAUGGAUUCACCAUGACUUCAGAAAUCUCCUUUAAGGAGGUGAUUGAAGCUAUUGCAGAAUGCGCCUUCAAGACCUCACCCUUCCCUGUGAUCCUGUCUUUUGAAAACCACGUGGACUCGUUGAAGCAGCAGGCUAAAAUGGCUGAAUACUGUCGAUCCAUUUUUGGAGAAGCUCUUCUGAUUGACCCUCUGGACAAAUACCCUCUGGAGCCAGGUGUCCCUCUGCCCAGUCCUCAGGAGCUGAUGGGCAAAAUUCUCAUCAAGAACAAGAAAUCCCACAAACCUUCCAAUAACACAGACACAAAGAGACUGACGGACCAACCUGCCAAUCAGAGCAAUGAACCAGUGUCUCCUAGCAACAACACAGGAGUUUUUGUUAAUAAGGGCUCAGCUGAGCGGGAAGCAGUGGCAACAGAGGAAAUGUCAACUCUGGUUAACUACGUCCAGCCUACCAAGUUCAACUCCUUCGAAGCCUCCAAGAAGGCAGCCCGCUGUUACCACAUGUCGUCUUUUGUGGAGACCAAAGCGUUGGAGCAUCUCACAAAGUCACCAGUGGAGUUUGUAGAAUAUAAUAAAUCUCAGCUGAGUCGUAUCUACCCAAAAGGAACCAGAGUGGAUUCAUCAAAUUUUAUGCCUCAACUCUUCUGGAACGCAGGAUGUCAACUGGUGGCUCUAAACUACCAAACUAUUGACUUGUCCAUGCAGCUGAAUCUCUUUAUGUUCGAGUACAACGGUCGGAGCGGCUACAGGUUGAAGCCUGAGUUCAUGAGGCGCCCAGACAAACACUUUGACCCUUUUACGGAAAACACAGUGGAUGGCAUUGUAGCUAACACCCUCUCUGUGAAGGUCAUUUCAGGCCAGUUCCUGACUGAGCGGAGAGUGGGGGUGUAUGUGGAGGUGGAGAUGUUCGGACUCCCUGCAGACACUCGGCGGAAAGCUCUGAAGACCAAAACGUCUCAGAACAAUAAUGCCAUCAAUCCAGUGUGGGACGAAGAGCCGAUUGUGUUCAAAAAGGUGAUUCUUCCUACCCUGGCCUCACUAAGAAUUGCUGCCUUUGAAGAAGGAGGGAAGUUUAUUGGUCAUCGAAUUAUUCCGGUGUCUGCCAUUAGGCCAGGUUAUCGUUACAUCGGCUUGAGGAAUGAGAAAAACCAGUCUCUGAUUCUGCCAGCUGUGUUCGUCUACAUUGAAGUCAAAGACUAUGUCCCAGAUACAUUUGCUGAUGUAAUCGAGGCUCUAUCGAACCCUAUUCGCUAUGUCAACCUUCUGGAGCAAAGAUCUAAACAGCUGGCAGCCCUGACUCUGGAGGAUGGCGAGGAGGACACGCAGACUGAGGAGGAGACUGAAAGCUGUGCAGAGCGUAAGACUGAUCUGAAAUCAGCUCCACUAGAAAAUGGGCUUAGCCCGGUCUGUGGCCCACCGGGCCACACCCCCAUUGCCACCACACCCAAAGCUUCUGCAGCCAAUCAACAGGCAGCCACGACAGAUGCAGCCAAACCAGCAGCCAAGACUGAAGACCUGGUUUUAAGUGUUUUGAUAGAUGUCCCAGUGUGCACUUUGGAGAAUCUGCAGCAGUCCAAAGUUUACCAGAAGGAGCAGAGACGCCAGUUUAAAGAGCUGAAGGAGUUAGUGAGGAGACACCAGAAGAAAACGUCAGAACUCCUCCGAGAGUUCAACAAUAAGUACAAGAAGACAGCAAGACAAUGCAGCAAGAACAGGAGUUCGAACUCGGACAGUGAGAAGGACGACCGUCUGCAGCAGCUGAGAGAAGAGCAGCAUCAGCAGCUUCUGGCUCUGAGGCAGGAACAGUACUAUAGUCAGAAAUAUCUGCAGAGAGAACACAUUAAAACGCUGACGGAGCGGCUGACCAGUCUGGCUGAGGAGAGUCACAACACCCAGAUGAAGAAGCUCAAAGACAUCUGUGACAAGGAGAAAAAAGAGCUGAAGAAGCAGAUGGAUCGAAGGAGAACAGAGAAGAUCAACCAAGCAAAGACCAAAGAGAAACAUCUGGCUGAGGAGGAGAAGAUUGAGAUCAAUAAGUCCUACGUCAAUGAAGUCGUCCAGAACAUUAAAAGGCUUGAGGAGACUCAGGCAAAGCGCCACGAGCAGCUGGUGGAGCAACACAAUGAUCUCCUGCAGGAGAUACAAGACCAGAAGCCAAAGCUGCAAGGCUCUGUGGAGGCAGAGUUUCAAGAGAAGUUCCAGCGUUUGCCUGGAGAGAUUCACGACUUCCUGCAGGACAGGAAGUUGGAGGCUCGAGGCCACAGCAAGUCACGACCUUCCACCCCACACGAAGCUCUUUCAGAGGAGGACUGAAGAGGGGAAAAAAGGAUGAAGGAGCGAGGGGGAACGAGGAACGAGAACAAUUGGAUCAAUGGAAGCAGCGUGGAGUAGAUCAAUGAAAUGCAAAGCAUGAGAAUAAAAGAUAACAAGAAGUAUUGAUGAAGAGGACGCGAAAGAGUAAAUAAUCAAGUUUAUAUAGACUGUUACUUCUUUUUAAUGGAAGAAUGCUUUAACAAUUUAUUUUUUAUUCCAUUCUAGCAUGAACUUUGUGUGUUUAAUACAAGUGUUUAAUCAGACCCCGUUUAGUCUUGCAUUAAGUCUUCUAUUCUGUCAUCUGUUAUUUUAGACCUCAACAGUUUGUACUGCAUGACUGCAAAUCAAUCUAUCUAUCUAUCUAUCUAUCUAUCUAUCUAUCUAUCUAUCUAUC